AUGGUCGCUUCGUUCAACUUGGAGGUUUUUGACGCAAAAAAAAUCGAUAAGCAAGUUGCCUUGUUGCAGGAUAUUUAUCCCGACGACACUGUGUUUGCGGUGAAAAAGCGGAUCGCGAAGGAAAAGCCAUCUCUAUCCAUUGAGCGUCAGGCGCUUCGACUUGAUCCAAAAGGCAAAGCGUUGAAAGAUGAACAGAAACUCUCCGAUUUGGGAAUUGCCAAGAAUGCCCAGCUGUAUGUUCGUGACUUGGGUCCCCAAAUUUCUUGGAAAGCGGUGUUCUUGACCGAAUAUGCUGGUCCAUUCUUCAUCUAUCCACUUUUUUACAUGAGGCCAUCGUUUAUCUAUGGACAAGAAGCUGGCGCUAAACCAAUUUCUCAUGCUGUUACUUUGGCAUGCAUCUGCUGGUGCGCCCAUUAUGCAAAGAGACUCUUCGAGACGCAAUUUAUCCAUCGCUUUUCAAAUGGAACGAUGCCCCGCUUCAAUCUACUCAAGAAUUGUGGCUAUUACUGGGGUUUUUGUGCAUUUGUGUCCUAUUUCAUCAAUCAUCCACUAUACACUGCUCCAUAUUUUGGUCUUCUUCAAAUCUACAUUGGUCUUGCUGGGUUCAUUGUUGCAGAAUUCGGAAAUCUUUCAAUUCAUAUCUUGUUGCGCAAUCUACGUCCCGAAGGAACCAAAGAGCGAAAAAUUCCAAAGCCAGACGGCAACCCACUAUCCUGCCUUUUCAAUUUGGUCUCGUGCCCCAACUACACCUAUGAAACUUUGUCAUGGUUGUUCUUCUCUAUCAUGACGCAGAGUGUUCCAGCACUUCUUUUUACAAUUGCCGGCUUUGUACAAAUGACCAUUUGGGCUCAAAACAAGCACCGUGCCUACAAGCAGGAAUUCAAGGAUUAUCCAAAGGGUCGCAAAGCUAUCGUACCUUUCCUCAUC